AAGAUAUAAUGUACCAAUUAUACAAGGCCACGAAGAGCAGCCUAAGGAGUAUUACUCCAAAAGAAAUAAAGCUACUCAAGCAUUUGUUAAACAUCAUAGAUCCCGAAGAGCGUUUCUCUGCAUUGGCAACAGCUUUCUCCCCUGGUGACGAACUCGAAGCCAAGGACCCUAAUACUCUGUACACCACCCCAAAGGAGCUGCACAAGUGGAUUAAGAUCAUGCUCGAUGCAUAUCAUCUGAACAAGGAAGAAACAGAUUUGAGAGAAGCCAAGCAGAUGACUGACCCUGUGGUAAUUCAGAGGCUGUUUAUCCUCAAAGAUACUAUUGAACAAGAAUAUAUGGAAAAGGGUACACCUCAGAAGUCUGAAACGAAAGAUGACUCUAAAUCAAAAGAAGAGUUUUAAGGUGUUUCCUGUUCCAUGUCAUUUUUGGAUCGAGAGAAGGAAGGGUUGAAGUGGAGAGAACGACCCAAUGCGAGAAAAACUAAUGAAGUUACUACCCUUCAAAAGAUUUGUAAUACCUUUCUGUUAGAUCUUAAAAUAUUUCAGAGUUUUCAUUGCAAAGUUGAGGAUUGUGGUAUAGUGGUAUUGUACUCAUAGGUGUAAAUUUUAAAGCAUCCACCACUUUGAGGUUUAUCCUAGAAUAAUAGAACCGAUAUCAGUAGGUAGUAAAUUGUCCUUCUAUGUAUAAACAACCCUCAAUGUUUCUUUGGUACAUUUUCUCAAAUUUAAAAUCAGAGGAAGAUGGUGGUAGCAAAUUAGUUAAUAAGAAGUUAUUAGUCUAUGCACACAAGCAGUUAAAAAUCACUAAUUAAAUGACUUGAUUUUCAAGUUGUCA